AUGAAUAAUACGAGCAUAAAAGAUGUCCGGGAUUAUUUCUCCGUAAGGUUAAGUCUCUUCACAGUUUUCAAAGGUGGGCACAGGUGUGAUGUCCACAGCACGAGAAGGCGGCGUAGUCAUGGGGUGAAGGACCGAGCCGUCGACCCUGGGGAAGCGGCCUCCUCCCCCCCGGAUGAAGAUGCAAACGAUAUCGCAGCGAACACUGCGAAUACUGUCAGUAGCCCGAACGGGGAGAGCAAAACGGUGUUCCUGCGCAAAAUGAGGAGACUGGAAAAAUUCAAGUAUCUCCAAAGGAAGAGGAAAAAGAAGCACCUGAUCAUGUCAAAGGAUGGCAAAGAAAGAAUUCGCCCAGGAAGGGGGAAUUCUAAAAGGAGAGUGCCCCCCAUUCAGUUAAAAGGAACUACUGUCACAAUAGGGGCAGGUUUAACAAGUGGUUUAGACUCUAAGUUGAAUCGAAAUAAAAGGAGAGAACAUUCAGAUGUUAAGUAUGCGGGCGAAGAGGAAAUUCCCAGUGAUGAAUUUGAAGCCACCUGCUAUCUUCUUAUGGACAAGGAAUUUUAUAGCCAUCCAGUAAGUGUCAGAUGUGCAGCCUCCAGCAGGAGGAAAAGUCACCGUGCCAAACAGCUUAGUAACAAAUGCGUGAACCAUUGGGGGGAGAACUUAAGAAGAUGCACACGCGUAAAAAAAGAUGAGUUGCAAAAUUAUGAUAAUCGAAUUGCAGAGGAUAUGGCGAACAUAUUGAGCAAGUCCGAAAGGAAGAGUUCUACGUCAGGGAAGAGGGACACCGGAGAAGGUGAACAAUUGUUUAAGAAUUCACUGGGGGGUAAUAAUCUGUCCAGUGGAAGAGAGCCACACACAGGUGGCCCUGCUAAGUGUGACAGUUGUCGUGAUAACCACUCUGAUAACUCCCCGAAGGAAAAUUCCACAACGAUGCCCAGAAACAGAAAAGCCAAAGCGAUACGAAGGAAUCUGUGCACAAUCAAUCGAACCCUGAAUUAUCCUAUUAGGUACUCCCAGCUGAGCCCAAAGAGUUACUUAUUUUUUCUCAUCCAACAUAGGGAAAAAAAAGAUUGGAAGUUUUACUCGUACUGUAGGGUGUUUUCCCCCAGUGGGGCCAUUAAGCAGGGACUUCAAAUUAAGAAAUUGUACCAUCUUGGGAGGAAGGAGAAAAUUCAGGAUAUCAUUACCUCUGCGUUGAGGAAGAAAAUUGCUCAUAUGGAUGAUAACAGUUUUAGGAAGAGUACUUCUCACCAGAGUAUAAUUUCCUUCUUGCAAGGAAAUAGUGUUUAUCGUGAUUUGCUGUGUUUGUACCGUCGCUCACGAAAGGGAAGUGUGCAGAGGAGGAGGGAUCAGUUCAGUCAGGUGGUCCUCAGUAGAGAAGGUAGUAUAGAAAAUGUUCGAAGUGGAGCAUCCUCAGAAAUGGAUAGUCAUCACAGUAUUCUCCCCUUAAGAGAGGAAAAAAAAGAGCGAAAUGUUCUUAGAGGUGUGUAUGAGGCUGAUGAGAUGGAUGAUCCACACGACACACUGGUUGAUACUACCUCCCAUCGUAGUGCCAAAGGACACGAGAAGUCUAUAUUCCCUACAGGAUCAGAGAAUCCUCCCCAUCGGCAUGGAACUAACACCUUCUAUCAAACGAUGAAACAGUACAAUCGCAUCUCACGUUACGUACGUUCGGUAAGGAGAAUUUUUUUUGGAUGGGACACUCCAGUGGAGAAUUGUCUCAGCGCGGGGAGGAUAAUCUGCCAAGCGGAUGACCAUCGCGAAGUGACUGAAGAAAACGUUAAUGAGGAACAUCGCUUCGAUUUCACCCAGGGGGAGAUACUCAUGAAAGAAGAACAACGAAAGCACAACGGUUGUGUUUCCUUUCGUGUGACCAACCUUGGGAGGAAAAAAAAAUAUAUAUAUAUGACAAGUCAGGUAAAACGAUUGCGGAGAAAGUUGCGCCAAUACGAAUGGGAAUUGUUCUGCGCAGGGGGAAGGAUAUAUCAUGAAUAUGGCAAGCCUGGUCAUUCCUUUGAGGAUACCCUGCCAAAACGGAAUCGCGUGGUGGCAUCCUUGAGGAGAAUAUCAGAAAUGUACGCCCAGUGGAAGAUAAAGGAAAAGGCGCAUAUUGCCGGAUUCCUUUUUUUUCAUUUUUCCCUUUUUAACGAACGUUGCAUAUAUUAUGGAGACAGGAAGGGAGAGAAUCAUCAGGAGGGAGCCCAUCGGAAGGAAUCCUAUCCGACCAAUUGCCACCCCGAUAAUCGUGAUGACGGUGAUUAUGGAAGUAACUGGUUUUUCAACUCUUUCGACUAUGUGGGCGAGGUCGAUGGCACGCCGGGGAGGGGCACGAGUUCUGUAGUGCGGGCCUUCCUGAAAAGAGUGAAGAGGCCUGUCAUUGGGGGGAAAGAGACACUGCAGGGGGAAGAAGACUUGGAUGUGGGAACAGUGGAGGGAGAAACCCCGGGAGAGGGAAAAAAGCGAAACGACAUAUUCGAGCAUAUGAAUAGAUACGCAAGUCGAAUUAGUAAAAACAUUCACCUAGCGAAUAGAAGCAGAUACGAUGAUUACCCGUUUGACUUUUCUGUCCAGAAAAGGGAGGGAGGAUGGCAUGUCACAGCUGACGCAGCUCCAGCGAUGGAGGAAAUAAAAACGAUAAACACAAUUUUGAAUACACCAGUGAUUAAGCUAAAUGAGGUGGAGAAAAAGUGUCUGUGGAAGUUCCGCCUGCAGCUAGUUAACAGACAAGAAGCUUUGGGUACGUUUGUCAAGAGCGUCAAUUGGGAGAACCCACAAGAAAAGGAUGAAGCCACGGAGUUGCUAAAUUACUGGUCCAAGCCAUCUUUGGAAAACUGCCUUGAGAUGUUGAAUUGCCACCUACAGCGUACAGUGAUUAAGAAAUACGUGAUGCAGAUAAUUGCUCAGGCGAAAAAGGACCAACUAAAGUUGUAUCUAUUCCAACUGGUGCAGAGUCUUCGAGUUUUUAACCACCAGCCGAUUGAUGAUCUGUUUAUUGAAACCUUAAUUAACAAGUGUAUCACGUCGAAGAAACUAUCUAUAUUUCUCCACUGGUUUUUGUUAAGCGAAACCAAGGAUAAAUGUAAAGGCAACCUCUACAUACACAUUCAUAAGCUCUUCAUUACCAAGUUAAUGACAUCCAAUUUGAAAAAGAAAAGGAAGAUUCUAUCUAUUCUGAAAAACCAAAACCGAUUUAGGAACCAAUUGCUGUACCUCACGAAAAUUGCCAAGAGCAAGUCCGAUCGAAUCUAUAACAAAACGAAGAAACUCAGGCAGUUCCUCUUUUGCUACCGCCAGAACUACGGUUGUGUUGUGAUUAAGGAUUUUAUUAAGAAUAACAUCUUCGUGUCGGACAACGAGGUUUAUGAUUUUGUCUCUCCUCGGGAUGCGCGGCAGGGAGCUGCGGCGGAAGGAGUACAAGUGGAAGGGGCGGUAGACGAGGUGGAAGGGGUGGUAGGCGAGGUGGAAGGGGUGGUAGGCGAGGUGGAAGGGAUGGUAGGCGAGGUGGAAGGGAUGGUAGGCGAGGUGGAAGGGAUGGUAGGCGAGGUGGAAGGGAUGGUAGGCGAGGUGGAAGGGAUGGUAGGCGAGGUGGAAGGGAUGGUAGGCGAGGUGGAAGCUCAAGUAGACGUAGAAAAAAACGUCGUGACGAUGCAACAAGUGGUCGAGGAAGACGCCACCGUGGACGUUGACUCCGACGCCGAUUCAGUGCACCAUCAGAACGAUGUGUGCAACUCCGUGUACUACCUGAACGGAGAGCUGAGUAUCCACGCGGAUCCGGAAGCAGACGUAUAUUGCUUCCAGUACGAUCCCGGGGGUACGCAAACCGCGCAGGGUACACUGCCCUUGACCCACAGGUCAACCUCGGAUAUCAGCACGGAGGAAAGCAAAACUAUCAACUACAUAGACGACUCCAAAGGGGCCCCUAUCGAGAGGAACAAAGAUACGUCCUUCUUCUCCAACCUCCUGCAAUUAAAUGAUAACUUCGACUUUUUCCUAAGCGCAACGUACAGUGAUGAGGACAAUAAUAUCGACAUUCUGGAUGAUUCCAUAAGUCUCGUCAGGAAGCAGAAAAUAAAGAGAAUUAGAGCUCCGCUAAUUUUACCCAUCGAUCCAGACAUAGAAUUCUUGAGCUUUUUACCUGAACAGUCAUACGUAUUGAGAUCCUCCCUGUACCCAAUUGUAAUAGCUUGCCUGGUGAGAAAAAAAAUAAAAUUGGCACAUGAACAUUUCCACAAUUUGAUAAUCAAUGAGCAAAAAUAUUUAAAAAAAAACGUCAAGAAAAAAAAAAACUAUUCCAUGUAUCAUUCGUUCAACUCGAAGUUUUUAAAAUCUCUGUAUAGCUCCUUUGACUGCGCAUCUGAUUUUGAGCGUCAUUACAGAAAAGUGAAGUGGGAAGGCAAAAAUAUCUUUUAUAAUGGCAGGAGAGUGGAGAAAGUGGGGUUGCAAAAAUUGGUCCCCCGUGAUGGUGAAGAGUGUCCAAGUGUAGAUUUCCCAAUUGCAGAUCCCCCCAACGCACAAGUGGUGAUCCAUCACGAGACGGAAAGUACCUCACACAGUAAGCAGUGCGUAAAGAAAUACAACGAAAUUUAUGAACUCUCCAUUAAAAAAUACAUUUACAAAGCGGGAGAUGACUUGAGACAAGACCAUCUGGUCAUACAGAUAAUAUGCAUCAUUGACAACAUAUGGAAAAGGUAUGGACUGGAUUUGAAGUUAACUCUUUACAAAGUUCUUGCCCUUUCCACAGAUGAUGGGUUUAUCGAGUUUGUUAACUACGCAGAAUCUAUAUCUUCUAUUAAAAAGAAUUAUAAAGGAGAAAUUAGACAAUACUUCAUGGAGAAGGGCACCGAUCCCAAGUCUCCCCUCGGAUUUGAUGCCACCAUUUUGGAAAACUUCAUCUCCAGCUGUGCAGGAUAUAGUGUCAUCACUUACUUACUUGGCAUAGGAGAUCGACAUUUAGACAACCUCAUGGUUUCACGUGAUGGAUGUUUUUUCCACAUUGACUUUGGGUACAUAUUCGGAGAAGACCCCAAGCCGUUUUCUCCCCCCAUGAAAUUGUGCAAAGAAAUGAUCGAAGCCAUGGGUGGAGCCCAUAGUGUUGGAUAUGAACAAUUUCUGAAGAAGUGCUGUUUGGCCUAUAAGUACCUGCGCUACCACUCCAAGUUAAUCAUUAGCCUGCUCGAUUGCAUGUGCGAGUCUGGAUUGAAGGACAUGAAAAUGAGCCCCGAGUUGUGCGUACUAAAGGUUCAGGAAAAGUUCAGAUUGGAUUUAAACGACGAGGCCGCGGAGGUUUACUUUUUGAGUGUCAUCAACACUUCCGUUAAAACCCUCUUCCCCGUCGUGGUAGACAAGCUGCACGAGUGGGCCCUCAACUGGAAGUGA